AGAUUCUCAAUGGCGUUAAGGUCUGGACUCUGUGGUGGACAAUCCAUGUGUGAAAAUGAUGUCUCAUCCUCCCUGAGCCACUCUUUCAGUAUUUGAGCCUGAUGAAUCCUCACAUUGUCGUCUUGGAAUGUGGGCGUGCCAGCAGGGAAGAAAUAAUCCAUCGAUGGAAUAACCUGCUCAGUGUAUGAAGGUAGACAGCUGACCUCAUUGGACAUAAUGUUGCUGAACCUAGACCUGAGCAACUGCAGCAACCCCAGGUCAAAACACCGCCCCCACAGGCUGGUACAGUAGACACUAGACUUUGUAUUCUAAAGUGGGACAGAAAGGUUAACGAGUGGCUGAAGUGAAGUUGUUGUCGUGCAGGUUAAUAUAAAUUUGCAACUUUCGGCCUGAUAAAUGAACACAGAAAUCCCACCAACUUUAACGGCCUGGUUAAAACAAAACAGUUUUGCUCUCUAUAUCUUUUUUUUUUUUUUUUUUUUUUUUUUUUUUCCAGCUACAGACGGUGGAUAUGCACUGCCAAUAAUGCACUGAGCAUCAAAGCCACUCUUCAUAAAGAAAGGUUUUGUCCAUCUUUGUGGUUGAUGACUGAUAGACACAGGAGAAAACUGCUUUUUUCCAAGUAUACUGUAAAUGUUUGUUUUUUUCCUCUGCCUGUUUCAUCAUUUCUGUGUUCGGAGAGGAGGAGACACCGUUAUCUUCUGUGCUUCAAUGUAUAAGAGUGGUUAAAAUUUUACCCAAUCCAAGUGAAGAGAAAUAACAUGUUAAGCCGGAGACAUGUAGAGUUAUACAUUCACUUGUGUUUCUGCAAGCUCACCAGGGCUGUUGCUCCGUAAGACUGAAUUCUUUUUGGUUUGGACGAGAACCUCUGUGAUGGCGUUGUAUCCAGCCCUGGCGUUCCUCCUUCUGUUUUCAGCCACUUUUUCCAGUUGUGACAGUGGGAAAGUGCUAGUUUACCCUAUAGAUGGGAGCCACUGGCUUAACAUGAAAAUCCUUGUGGAGGCACUACAUGGUAAAGGUCAUCAAAUCACAGUGCUACGUUCCUCCACCAGCUGGUAUGUUUCUGAAUUCUCACCCUAUUACACAUCCAUCACAAUCCCUCAGGAACAGGCCCAAAAUAUAGAGAGUCAAGACUUCAUGACUUCUUUCUUGAAGAGGUCAAUGGAGAUCCGUCAGCGUAAAGGCUCAUUUUGGGCAUUUUUCAAGUUCUAUAGGAACCUUUUCCACUUGAUAGGAGAAAACCAGAAAGUUGUGGCGAAACUGGUCGUCAGCAUCUUUGAGAAUAAAACACUGAUUACGGAGCUGAAGGAAACCGGAUAUGAUGUUUUUCUGACUGACCCUGCAUUUCCAGGUGGGGUGCUGGUGGCACACUAUCUUCAGCUUCCCUUGGUUUUUAAUGUGCGCUGGCUUUUUUCUGGAGAGGCACACUUUGCCAUAGCUCCUUCUCCACUGUCGUAUAUCCCUCAACUAUUUUCCCAUUACUCUGACAAGAUGGACUUUUUUCAAAGAAUCAGUAAUAUAAUCUAUCACAGCAUUCUGGUUUACAUGUACCACGUUGUUUCCAAUCCACCGUACCAGGCUGUUUGCAAUCAUUAUUUUGGAAAUAAUGUCAGCGCCAUGUCACUUAUUCAAGGAGCCGAUAUCUGGCUAAUGCGUGUUGACUUUACAUUUGAGCUGCCUCGUCCCACCAUGCCCAAUGUUUUCUACAUUGGAGGCUUCCAGGGUAAGCCUUCCAAGCCUCUUCCAGCUGAUUUUGAGGAUUUUGUACAGAGGUCUGGUGAGCAUGGUGUCAUCGUCAUGACUCUGGGCACCCUGUUGAGUGACUUGGGCCCCGAGGUAUCGGAGAUUGUUGCCUCAGCAUUUGCCAGUCUUCCUCAGAAGGUUGUGUGGAGACACAUUGGGAGAAGACCAGUGUCACUGGGAAAUAACACCAUGCUGGUUGAAUGGCUGCCUCAAAAUGAUAUACUAGGACAUCCCAAAACCAAGGUUUUCAUCACACAUGGGGGUACUAAUGGCAUUUACGAGGCCAUCUACCACGGUGUGCCAAUUCUGGGAAUUCCUCUCAUAUUUGACCAAGAUGACAACAUGGUGCGUUUGAAAGCUCGGGGUGUGGCUGAGAUAGUUGAAGUGACAAUGCUGGAUGUUAAGACUCUGACAAGUGCUCUACAGAACAUUCUAGACCCAGAGAAACCCUACAAACGGAAUAUGCUCAAACUGUCACAGCUUCACCAUGACAAACCAAUGAAACCCAUCGACACUGCCGUUUUCUGGACUGAGUACGCCAUGAGGCACAAGGGCGCAGCACAUCUACGCACUGACUCAUAUCAGUUGCCAUGGUAUGCCUAUUAUUGUAUAGAUGUGAUGGCAGUCUUUGUGGGAUUUGGUUUAGUGAUCAUUGCAUUAGUUUGUUUUUUGUGUAGAUAUUCUAUCAGAUGUCUGUUAAGGACCAAGAAGUCAAAGUGUGAAUAGAUAAAAUGUUACCAAAAAUGACUCACUGCAGUGAGAUAAACAAGAACAUGCAUUAUAGAACUCAUUAAACAGCAAACAGCAACAGGGAACAAUAUAACUAAUAGCAUAAAGGAAAUAUUAGCUGGGACCUAGUGGAAAAUGCAAUCAUUUUAAUUUAAUUAAACAUAAAUAAUACAUUUGUAAAGUAAAUAAUAAUAAUAAUAAGCUAAUACUUUUUGUUAAGUCUUGAUGAAUGUCAUGUUAUAAUACAUAUCUAAGUGAUCCGUUUUUAUGUUGCAAUGCCUGGAAUUACUUCACAAUAAAAGAAACACUGUUUAAAUUAU